AUGUCAGAGACCCUUUCUGAGUCAGCACAAAGCAUAUCUGUUGAUCUUUCCCUUGAUAGCUUACAAAAAUUGAAAGAUUUAUGUGAGACAACUGCAUUUACUAAACCCCCAUUCCGAACACAAUGUUCACGCCCUUCUAAAUCAAACAAUAGUUUUUCACUCAACAUCAGUGAUUUGGCCAACAAAAGUUCUCUUUCUGUAUGUCCUGCUCCAUCUACGACCAAUUGUAUUAACCGACGUAUGGAUGUGAUGCGAACAAUGGAUAAGUUUCCUCCAUUAUGUAUGUCUCGAGAGUCAUCAUCCAAGGAAAUUAUCAUUGAAAAAAGAGCUGAAAAAGAAGAUAUGGAGCCACAAUUGGCGAAUGACAAUAAUUCCAUAAAAGGACGACCACGAAAAAGGCCAACAUCUACUUCACCACAGGGAGCGAUUCGCUUAUACAAAAAUCAUAGUUUGAAUGUUCCCUAUGAUGUAAGCCCUGAGAAACAUCGGUUGAAUGUGCUGCGUCUCAAGAAAGCUUUGAACCGUACUCAAGCUGCUGAAUUAAGAUUUUCCUAUAUAGCAGAACAUGUUUUAAAGUCUUUGAGUGAGUACGGCUGGUCUGUGGUUGAUAACUUUCUCGGAGCUGAUCAUUGUCGCAACGUGAACAAUGAAAUUCAAGUACUUGAAUCACGAGGCUUAUUUUCUGCUGGUCAGUUAGUUGAAGCAAAAAAUAUGGAUGAACAGCAUGUUAAAGAUAUAAGAUCGGAUAAAACGUAUUGGUUCUCGGGUUCCGAUCAACGUUCAGCAGAUGCUAGUACUGUUAGAAUGUUAAUUAAUUACUUAGAUAGUCUUGUUAACAAGUUUUCUGAUCGUUUACUCGGGCAAACCAUAUUUGGAAGGUCUAAGGCUAUGUUAGCCAUUUACCCUGGUUACGGGUCCCGCUAUGUGAAGCAUGUCGAUAAUCCAGCUAAGGAUGGUAGGAGAAUAACCGUUAUAUAUUAUUGUAACCCAGGCUGGGACUCAAAGGAUGGUGGAGUACUUAGACUGUAUCCUGAUUCAUCAAACACUCCUUUUGAUAUUGAGCCAAGAGCUGAUCGUUUAUUGUUUUUCUGGUCUGAUAAUAGAAUUCCUCAUGAAGUAAUGCCCGUUUAUAAGGACAGAUAUGCUAUUACUGUAUGGUAUAUGGACCGAUCUGAAAGAGAAGAAUACUUCAAACGGUCAAAGAUGAGUACUGGUUCUACUCCCUCAUCAGCGUCAUCAACAUCAGCAGAGGAUAUCCCAAGGAACCCAAGCGAACCGAGAGACCAAAGAUUUAGAAACGGAAAUGUAUGUAAUCAACUUCCGCAUGCUCAAGGUCCUAUGCCUGUUGGUGUUGUAAAUUCGAAUCCCCCCGAAAUCAUAUCAAAUUCAACAAAUGGAAAUGGAAAUCUUAAAACUAGUACUCCUUCAAUCAGCCAGCAUGACAAGCAAUUCAACUUCAGCCUGACUUCCCUACCUCUUAUUCCUAGACAGAAGGAGUCCCCAGAAGAAACGGAAAAGCCACCAACGUCGCCCGCUGAAUCAUCUGAUCUCACACCUGAAUACCUCAUUUAG